AUGUCCGUGAUUCCGCUGUUCCUGAUAAUUUUCGUCUGUUCCGCGCUCGCCGCGGAAUCAAGCGAAACCAAGCCAAGUAAACGUGGUAUACUCGAUACCGGCGGAUGGAUCGGUAUACCGAAUCCCCAUGGUUACGGGCACGGACUCCCGUGGGCGGCCGAUCACGGCUGGAAAGGACUGAAGUAUCCUGCUUUCGAUCUGGCCCAUGGAGGAUUGUACGGCGGUUUAGCGUAUGGUAGAGCACCAUCCAUUCCUCUAAAGGCAGUUCCAGUGUACAUAACGAAGCACGUGGUCGUGGAGAAGCCAGUUCCGGUCCCGGAGCCGGUUAUCAUCGAGAAACCGUACCACGUGCCGGUGGAGAAGGUGAUCCAUGUCCCGAUCGAGAAAAUCAUUCAUAAACCAUUUCCGGUUCCGUAUCCCGUACCCGAGGCCGUCCCGAUACCGAUAGAACGGCCGGUGCCAAUACCGGUGAAGCAUCCUGUCGCAGUGCCUGUGCACCAACCCUAUCCGGUUCCGGUGAAGCAGGCGUUCCCAGUACCAGUCCCGGUGCCCGUUCCGUUCCCAGUCCAACCACCUAUCGCCCUCUAUGGGCCGGGUCCGAUAGCUGUCGGUGGUGUUUACGGUCGUGGAGGUUAUGGCGGUGGUCACUUUUAUCCGGCGGCCAUUCACGGCGCACCGUUUCACGGACACCUGUUGCAUGGUGGUAUAGGCGGUGGUUUCGGCCACGGAUAUGGUCACGGAUUCGGUCACGAGUUACACGGUCAUGGAUACGGUGGUCACGGAUUCGGGCACGGUGGCCAUGUACCGUACGCCCACGGUUACGGGUAUCCCCACUUGUCGCACGUCCAUGUCCACGAUCAUGGUCAUGGUCACGGGCAUGAUCACAAAAAACGCAGCAAGGAUUGA